ACUGCGGAGGAUGAGCUCAGCUGACUGUCUGGCUGUUAUUAUGUCCGCCAACACCCAAACCCAGUGCGGCAAAACAGGCAAGUGGCGCUCAGCUCUGCAUCGUCUCUAAUGAGUGAGUGCGCAGGAAGAAACAUGAGUCACGAAUGAGGUCUGCAGCAGGAUGUCUUUUAAGAAGGAAACACCCCUGGCUAAUGCUGUGUUUUGGGCAGCGAGGAAGGGAAACUUGGCUCUACUUCAGCUGCUGCUCAACAGCGGGCGCGUGGACGCAGACUGCAGAGACAGUUAUGGAACGACGGCGCUGAUGGUGGCGUCUUACAGCGGCCAUUAUGACUGCGUCAAAGAACUUAUCAUGCAAGGAGCUGACAUCAACUACCAGAGGGAGACAGGAUCUACUGCCCUGUUCUUCGCCUCCCAGCAGGGAUACAACGACAUUGUGAAGCUCCUCUUUGAAUUCGGUGCCUCCACUGAGUUCCAGACGAAGGACGGUGGCACAGCUCUCACCGUCGCCUCCCAGUACGGUCACUCCAAGGUGGUGGACACUCUGUUGAAGAAUGGGGCCAACGUUCACGACCAGCUGAAUGAUGGUGCCACCUCUUUGUUUCUCGCUGCCCAGGAGGGUCAUGUGACUGUAAUUCGUCAGCUUUUGUCUUCCGGCGCCAAGGUUAACCAAGCCAGGGAGGAUGGCACCGCCGCCCUGUGGAUGGCAGCUCAGAUGGGUCACAGUGAGGUGGUGAGGGUGCUGCUGUUACGUGGUGCAGAUCGAGAUGCUGACAGACAAGAUGGAUCAACAGCUUUGUUCAAAGCAGCUUUUAAGGGACACAACAGCGUAAUCGAGGAACUUCUCAAGUUUUCUCCUUCAGUUGGACUUCUCAAGAAUGGCUCCACUGCCCUACAUGCUGCCGUUAUGGGGGGAAAUCUUCGAAGUGUUCUGUUGCUGCUUGAGGCCAACGCAGACCCCACACUCCCCAACAAGAAUAAUGAGCUCCCUGCAGAUCUUACAAAGAACGAUCGCAUACUAAAGCUGUUACAUCCAAAAAUUUUAAAUGGACACAGCUGAUGACCACCCAGACUCCUGCCUUCACGCCUGCCUGGUGACGUCUGCUGAGGGGAAAAUAAAACAAACAAUA